CGGAAAUGCGGAUAUGUCCGAUAUCGACGGCGCUGCGUCGCCAAUUGAGCUCGAGAGCUCCGCUGAGGAUACAAAGGCCGUUUCUGGCUCCAUGGCCGUGGCCUUGUGCGGUGCGAUACAUUUCUUCAGGUGAGCUCUGAUCAUGUGACCUCUCCUAUGCUCCAUCACCCUUCAUUGAAGCAUACUCUUCCAUAUCUCCGUCUUCAACGGCCAUGUAUAUGUUCAUGCAUGUUGUGAGCCUUCUUCUUGGUUAAAGGAGCUUCCUAUAAUCUUUUGUCCCUUUUGAGUUCCAGUCCCAAAAGUUUGCAUCUAAGAAUAGGGCCAGGGACUCCACAAGGCCAGGUCAAGGUAGAAGACAGAGUCUACAAAACCGAUGAAUGGAUGAACACACCCUCCUCCAUUAUAUCUGCAAUACCACGCCACCUUCACACCCAGCCGGACCAUCCGCUUACCAUCACUCGGCAGCUCAUCGAGUCACGAUUUCCAGGCUACAAAACGCACAAUGAGCUCUUUCCGGUCGUAUCAGUACAUCAAAACUUUGACUCCCUGGGCUUCCCUCCGGACCACAUUGGACGAAGUAGAACGGAUACGUACUAUCUAAAUAAAGACACUGUUCUCAGAACGCAUACGUCCGCACACCAAGCCGACACCUUCCGGGCAAAUGAGAGUGAGGGGUACCUUAUCAGCGCAGACGUGUACAGGAGAGAUGCAAUCGACCGAAGCCACUACCCCGUCUUCCACCAGAUGGAGGGCGCCAGGACCUGGGACAGGAGAACCGCGGAGAAAGAAGGAAAGACAUUAGCACAGCUGGUCUGGGAUGACGUGGCGAAGAUCCCCAAGCACAAUAUCGAAGUCGCAGAUCCAAACCCUACCAUCCACCCCGAGCGAAACCCGCUGCAGGCCACGCAUUCAGCAGAAGAGGUCGAAGCUAUUGCCGCACAUCUUAAGCGAAGCUUAGAGGACGUCGUAGUCGCAAUCUUCAAUGCCGCCAAGACCGCCUCCGAUGCAGGGUCUCCAUCAGCCGACGCGGACGAGCCCCUGAAGGUGCGCUGGGUAGAGGCCUACUUCCCCUUCACCUCGCCGUCCUGGGAACUCGAGGUCUUCUGGCAAGGCGACUGGCUGGAAGUGCUGGGCAGCGGCAUCGUGCAACAGUCGAUCCUCAGCAAUGCCGGCGUGCCCGACCGACUAGGCUGGGCCUUUGGCUUGGGACUCGAGCGCAUCGCCAUGCUGCUCUACUCCAUCCCAGACAUCCGCCUCUUCUGGAGCACCGACACGCGCUUUCUGUCCCAAUUCAGCGCCGUGGCGCCUAUCAAACGCUUCGUCCCCUUCAGCAAAUACCCCGCUUGCUUCAAGGACGUGAGUUUCUGGCUUAGAACCACGUCCAGCGCCGCGGGAGGCGCUGGCCACCGCGUCUCUCCGUCUGGAAUUUCCGCAUCCGGCUCUGCAUCUGCAUCUGCAUCUGCAACUGUCUCGGCUAUCCCUGGCCAAGCGUUCCACGAAAACGACGUUAUGGAGAUUGCGAGGGAGGUGUGUGGGGAAGUGGUCGAGGAUGUGCGGCUGGUGGAUGAAUUCGUGCAUCCCAAGACGGGCAGGAAGAGUCUUUGCUACAGGGUCAACUACCGCAGCCUGGAGCGCACGCUUACGAAUGAGGAGGCCAACGAGCUGCACGAGAGGUUUCGCCAGCAGCUGGUCGACAAGUUGGGCGUGGAGCUACGGUAAAAGUUGGGACGCCUCCUCCCCCGUCUGCAGCACCGAUCCGCAAUCGCUACACCGACCCUGAACUGGGAAUUUCAACGAGACACCGCUCCCCUCCGGCUGGGCAACUUGUAAUUUUGGACCUUUAUGCUUGUACCAUAUUUGUACCCAUGGUUACUAUUCUCUAUGUAUAUGUACCUGCAGAGUACCUUACCGCUUGAGACCCUGCAUCUGUAGUUGCUUUGCCCCGCAUUUUCGCACCGGGAAAAAUGGCCCAUAGCUGCAACGCUCAGGCAGCCCUCGACCAAAAAUCUGGUCGUGUGGCACCUGCCACCCUCCCUCUUAUUAUCCAGAUCGACUUAAUACAGCCAUCCUAUCUCAUGCGGUGCCAUAGUCGUAUUGCGGGGAAACCUCGCUCGCUACAACCCUCGCCUCCAA